AUGGUUGCUUUCACCGUUGAUCAAAUGCGUUCCUUGAUGGACAAGGUUGCCAAUGUGCGUAACAUGUCCGUCAUUGCCCACGUCGACCACGGUAAGUCGACAUUGACCGACUCUUUGGUCCAAAAAGCUGGUAUCAUUUCUGCUGCCAAGGCUGGUGAAGCCCGUUUCAUGGAUACCAGAAAGGAUGAACAAGAAAGAGGUAUCACUAUCAAAUCUACUGCUAUCUCUUUGUUUGCUGAAAUGAGCGACACUGAUGUUAAGGACAUCAAGCAAAAGGUUGAUGGUAACUCUUUCUUGGUUAACUUGAUCGAUUCUCCAGGUCACGUUGACUUUUCCUCUGAAGUUACUGCAGCUCUUCGUAUUACCGAUGGUGCUCUAGUUGUUGUUGACACCGUUGAAGGUGUUUGUGUCCAAACUGAAACUGUGUUGAGACAAGCUCUUGGUGAAAGAAUUAAGCCAGUUGUCUGUAUCAACAAGGUUGACAGAGCUCUAUUGGAAUUGCAAGUCACCAAGGAAGAUUUGUACCAAUCUUUCUCCAGAACUGUGGAAUCCGUUAACGUUAUUGUUUCCACUUAUGCUGAUGAAGUUUUGGGUGACGUUCAAGUCUACCCAUCUCAAGGUACCGUUGCUUUCGGUUCCGGUCUACACGGUUGGGCUUUCACCAUCCGUCAAUUCGCUAACAGAUACGCCAAGAAAUUCGGUGUUGACAAGAACAAGAUGAUGGAAAAAUUGUGGGGUGACUCUUACUUCAACCCAAAGACUAAGAAGUGGACUAACAAGGACACCGAUGCUGAUGGUAAGCCAUUGGAAAGAGCUUUCAACAUGUUCGUUUUGGAUCCAAUCUUCAGAUUGUUUGCUGCUAUCAUGAACUUCAAGAAGGAUGAAAUUCCAGUUUUGUUAGAAAAAUUGGAAAUCAACCUAAAGGCUGACGAAAAAGAUUUGGAAGGUAAGGCUUUGUUGAAGGUUGUCAUGAAGAAAUUCUUGCCAGCUGCUGAUGCCUUGAUGGAAAUGAUUGUUAUGCACUUGCCAUCUCCUGUUACUGCUCAAAACUACAGAGCUGAACAAUUGUACGAAGGUCCAUCUGAUGACCAAUUCUGCCAAGCUAUCAAGAAGUGUGACCCAACCUCCGAUUUGAUGCUUUACGUUUCUAAGAUGAUUCCAACUUCUGAUAAGGGUAGAUUCUACGCUUUCGGUAGAGUUUUCGCUGGUACCGUUAAGUCUGGUCAAAAGGUUAGAAUCCAAGGUCCUAACUACGUUCCAGGUAAGAAGGACGACUUGUUCUUGAAGGCAGUUCAAAGAAUUGUUUUGAUGAUGGGUUCCAGAACUGAACCAAUCGAUGACUGUCCAGCUGGUAACAUUGUCGGUUUGGUCGGUAUCGAUCAAUUCUUGUUGAAGACUGGUACUUUGACCACUAACGAAGCUGCUCACAACAUGAAGGUCAUGAAGUUCUCUGUCUCUCCAGUUGUCCAAGUUGCCGUUGAAGUUAAAAACGCUAACGACUUGCCAAAAUUGGUCGAAGGUUUGAAGAGAUUGUCUAAGUCUGAUCCAUGUGUUAUGACUUACAUCUCUGAAUCUGGUGAACACAUUGUCGCUGGUACCGGUGAAUUGCACUUGGAAAUCUGUCUACAAGAUUUGGAAAACGACCACGCUGCUAUUCCAUUGAAGAUCUCUCCACCUGUGGUUGCUUACAGAGAAACCGUUGAAGGUGAAUCUUCUCAAGUCGCUUUGUCUAAGUCUCCAAACAAGCACAACAGAAUCUACUUGAAGGCUGAACCAAUUGAUGAAGAAGUUUCUUUGGCUAUCGAAAACGGUAAGAUCAACCCAAGAGACGAUUUCAAGGCUCGUGCUAGAGUUAUGGCCGAUGACUACGGUUGGGAUGUCACUGACGCCAGAAAGAUCUGGUGUUUCGGUCCUGACGGUAACGGUCCAAACUUGGUUAUUGACCAAACUAAGGCUGUUCAAUACUUGAACGAAAUCAAGGACUCUGUCGUUGCUGCUUUCCAAUGGGCUUCCAAGGAAGGUCCAAUCUUCGGUGAACAAAUGAGAUCCGUUAGAGUUAACAUCUUGGAUGUUACCUUGCACGCUGAUGCUAUCCACAGAGGUGGUGGUCAAAUCAUCCCAACUAUGAGAAGAGCUACUUACGCUGGUUUCUUGUUGGCUGAACCAAGAAUUCAAGAACCUGUUUUCAUGGUCGAAAUUCAAUGUCCAGAACAAGCCGUUGGUGGUAUCUACUCCGUGUUGAACAAGAGAAGAGGUCAAGUUGUCUCUGAAGAACAAAGACCAGGUACUCCAUUGUUCACCGUCAAAGCUCACUUGCCAGUUAACGAAUCUUUCGGUUUCACUGGUGAAUUGAGACAAGCUACUGGUGGUCAAGCUUUCCCACAAAUGGUUUUCGACCACUGGUCUUCUCUAUCAAGUGAUCCAUUGGAUCCAGAAACCAAGGCUGGUCAAAUCGUUACUGCUGCUCGUAAGAGACACGGUAUGAAGGAAGAAGUUCCAGGCUGGCAAGAAUAUUACGACAAAUUGUAA